UACUGAUAGAGAUUCAGUCUGUUCCGAUCCGGAACCCUACUCCGUACUUCGCCUGUAGCUAGUACGUCUCUAGGUCGCAGGGGUCCCUGGGUGAGUGUAGGUCAUGUCCCACCAGCUGCGAUCUGGGGGAAAUCCGCUAUUGAUCCAGGACGACCAUGCCAUAGCUGUAGUGUCGGUGGCCAAGUUAGAGUGGAAGACCUCUAAUUCAUGCCUGUCUUCUAUAAAGACCCGGGACUGCCAUCGGGGUCCAUCCCAAUAUCAAAUUGCGCUCGUUUACCACCUCAGAUUUUAGUUACUGG